CUCAUUGAUAUUUUGAAGAUCGUAAUUUUGGAAUGGGUGUAUAUUUUCCUUUCGCGAUUUCUGUGUAAAUAAAACGUUGAAUACAAAUAAGAUAUGUUUAUUUGUAAACAACAUAUAUCUCUUGAUUCUUAUAGAACAAACUAAGGUGCUAAACGUGACUAAUAGCUCACAGUAACUACAUUUGUAUGGUCAGUGUUCGUAUGAAUAUUUAUAAAUGACAAUGAAAAUAAACGAAAAGAAUUUGUGCGCUUUCGCGUCGUCUGCGACGCCGGUGGACCGCGACGGGUGGCUAGACAUGCGAGGCGAAGUCGGAAAAAGUUACCAGAAACGAUGGUUCGUGUUGAAAGGCAACCUCCUGUUUUAUUUCGACAAGAAAGGCGACAAGGAACCAGUCGGCGUGAUCAUUCUGGAAGGGUGUACCAUAGAGUUGACAGAAGAAGAAGCGUACAGUUUUAAAAUAUCCUUCCAGUGUGACGGUGGGCGCACUUACUACUUGUGCACCAACUCACAGGCCUCCAUGGAAGCUUGGAUGAAAGCCCUCGCCUGCGCCAGUUACGACUACAUGAAGCUCAUGGUGUCUGAUCUGCAGAGGCAGUUGGAUGAAGCACAAGAGGAGGCCACUGGACUCCUAAUGGUUGUUCAUCGGGCCUGCGGACGGCGACCAUGGGUGGCUCGCCGCCCGACAAGAACUAGACCCGACCCGGAAGCAGCAGCUGAAGCAGCACUCGUAACAAUAACUCCACCGGAAGAGGAACCUAAAGUACCUCCGAGAGGGCAGAGGUACAACCCCUUCAACAGAGUCCCGGACGGAGAGAGUAAAGCUGUUCAGGGCAGUAGACAUCACAAAGAGAAUAUGAGACCUGACAUGCCUCGCAAAAGGGUACCGUUUCGUGACAUCCAUACAUCCUACGGCCGUAAAAUAUUAGCAGAUAGAAGCGAGUGGCGGGCCAAACUGAGCAAACAGAAAGAGGAUACAUCGAAACCUUUAAUACAAUUCUAAUAAGGUACAAUUUCGUUUAGCAAUUUUCUAAAGCCGAGCAAUAUGAUUAAGGAGGUUUUCUGCCUAUCACUUAGUGAGAGGCGUAUUGUUAUAUUGUUCUAAAGCCUCGGGUACACUAUUAGAAGUACUUACGCUUAUUUAGUUUUAAAAUAGCGAUGUUUGUGUUUAAGUUGCUUUGUAUUUAAAAAUAGUAUCUAUUAAUGCGGAAAAUAAAUUAUUGCUUUUAAUUAAAAUGAAAUAGAAAUGUUCCUGACCAACGUAGUUAGUUUAAAAUGAAGUACAGUAAUAUUAAUCUCCCUGGUAUUCAAAAUUGUAAUCUAUUACUUUAUAAUUAAGGUAGAUUUUUCUUU